GAUCCCAGCAUCAGCUGUUGUUGCCAAGAUGGCGCAUAGCCUGACAGACUUUCAGGUCCCCUCGGACGCCGAAGCCGCUGGGGACCGCGGGAGAGGCGCUCUGAGGCGCUGCAGGGGACGGCCCCGGCUCACGGACACGGACCGAGCACAGCGGCGUCUCGAGUCCCGGAAAAAGUACGACAUCCGGCGGGUGUACCUGGGAGAGGCGCACAAGCUGUGGAGUGAACUGCGGCGGCGCACAAGCCUGAGCGACGCCGGACUGGCGGAGUAUUUAAUCCUGCUGCACGCCGCGUGUGGGGACAAAUAUCUGCACAAACACUCGGGGAACAACACUGCCUCCGCUGAAUCUGUAAAUCAGAGAAAAAUUAAAAAGGAGCGGGAGUCAAGCCUCCAAAGCCUCGUGUGCUGGUACCAGAAGCACCUGCGUUCCUGCCCCCACGAGCCCCAGCUCAGAGCUCUGGAGCUCCAGCCCAACUUCUCCACGGCUGCCAUCUGGCAAUGCGACGGCGACCAUUCGUUCGUGCAACAGCUUUUCUCACCGCUGAGGGAGGCAAGUGACUCUGAGCGGGAGGAGAGACAGCAUGGAGACGACUGUGAAAAUGCUGCAAAAUUGGUGCCAAAGAGAUUAGCCGGCCGCAGGAGAAAAACAAACACUACGCCAAAAGGUUUAGAAGAAUCUUUGAUAGUGUCUGAGGUUGGCGACAUAGCCACAAAAGCCUUAACACAUCCUGCCAGUGUAGAGAGCGCCACCAAUGACGUCCCCCUGACAGAACCUCAGGUGUGGGAGAUGGAGAUGGUGCUGGAGCGACCACAAGGCUCCCCUGAGGCAAUGUUCCACUCCCUCACGUCAGAAGAAGAGGCUGACGAUGUAAGGCUAGACCAGGAUGAAGGAGCGACAGAGCCACUCGGAGAGGACGAGCACACCGGGUGCGGUUAUGAGCGCGUCCCCAUAGUAACAUCCUUUGCGGACAAACCGAGGAAAGCGGACGAGCGCCCGGAGGAAUCGGUGCACACGUCACUCCAGCCAGAGCUUUUGGCCCCGCCUCCCGUACAGGAAGAAGAGGACAGCGGGGAACUUUAUGAUCCUCACGCUCUGCAGGCGGUGGUGACGAGUUGUGACAUUCCCAACCAUCAGACGGCUCUAGAAGGCUCCCAGCUAAUCAUCAUAACUGGCCCCAGCUAUGAGGCUCUGGCGUCAGAGGGCAUCCAGCUCAACAUGGGUGCCGGGAACGAGGAGGAAGUCACCUGCACUGUCCUCGACGACGUCGGCUACGACCAAACGCGUGACUCUGCAUCAAAAAUCCCAGCGGCGGGAGACGACGGCUCCAUGGCAGGAUUGAGUGACAAGCAGCUGCUGGAGCCUAACAUUGACACUUUGGAGCUAAGUAGUGACCGUGAGCUACAGCGCAGUCUCAGCAGGUCAAAGAGAAACCGGCGAGGCCCGGUCAUCGAGGCUGAUGGGAUGCUGAAAAUGUUCCAUUGUCCAUACGAGGGGUGCAGUCAAGUUUAUGUAGCCAUAAGCAGCUUCCAGAAUCAUGUCAACCUCGUUCACAGGAAAGGCAGGACCAAAGUUUGUCCACAUCCGGGCUGUGGAAAAAAAUUCUACCUGUCCAACCACCUGCACCGCCACAUGAUCAUCCACUCAGGGGUCCGAGAUUUCAUAUGCGAGACGUGUGGGAAAUCGUUCAAGCGUAAGAACCACUUGGAAGUUCACAGGCGGACUCAUACCGGAGAAACCCCUCUACAUUUUCUGCCACAGCAACCGUUUCCAUCACUGAAAUCAGGGAAGAGACUUUGGAGGUUACGCAGCACCGAGAGCACACCUUUUGGAUUAAUUUCUUCUAAGGUUUGGAUACAUCUGCUGGAGAAAAUGGGAUGCUUUGGUUUCCUCAAGUUCAUGAUGUUUCUUUUCAACGGGAUCAUCUUUGUGGCGGGUGCAGCCAUCCUGGGCGUUGGCAUCUGGGUGAAGGUGGACAGCGGCUCCAUCCUGGGUUUCCUGGGGAUGAUUGAAAACGCACCUCCCGAGCUCGCUCAGGUGCUCAACGUGGGCUACCUGCUGAUCGCUGUGGGAGCGCUGCUGGUCAUCAUCGGCUUCCUGGGCUGCUGCGGGGCCGCCAGAGAAAGCAAGUGUAUGCUGCUGCUGUUCUUCAUCAUAAUCCUGCUGGUCUUCAUCGCUGAGGUUGCGGGUGCUGUGGUGAUCUUGGUCUUCAGACCUUUGGCGGAAGAGUUAUUUGACAAGUUUGGUGAAGCAUCAGUCCAGAGCAUCAAGAAGGACUACGGGAAAAAUGAGGACGUCACGGGACUGUGGGACACAACAAUGAGCACGUUCAAAUGCUGUGGAAUCUACAACUCGUCAAACUUCGUAGGCUCGCCGUAUUAUGCGGCCAACAAUAAUCAAUACCCGCCUCCGUGCUGCGCAGCCGCUAACAACCGGCCCUGUAAUCAAACAAUGAUCGACAAUUUCACGACAAUCCCAGGUUGCUUUGUAAAGAUCAAACAGUUGAUUGAGGACAACACCGUGGCGAUUGUUGCCGUGGCGCUGGGGAUCGCGGCUCUUGAGAUAUGUGCCAUGACCGUUUCCAUGAUCCUGUACUGCAAAGUAGAUUCCAAGUCGGGUUAACUAACUGCAAAAGUGGACAUCGCCAACAUAGCGCCACUCCUCAUAGUGCCUGUAACGGGUUUUGUUAUGUAGAAAUGUGUCAAUGGAUUACAUUUUUUCACCCCCAGUUUAAACACAAUAAUGACAAAUUCAUUAAUAACACCGCAGCUCCUGACAGAGAAUAUUUAAUGUUUCAGAAAGUGACAUAUUAUUGAGUAAUUGCAUAAGUUUAUUGUAAUAAUCGUAUUGAACAGUUCAUACAGGAGAUAAUUAAUGUGUUGCACUGAUGCAAUAAAUCAAUGUAGUUGAGAAUGAAUCUGUAUAUGUGUUGUAUGCAACAGGAUCAAUUGUAAAAUAAAUUUUAAAUAUUCAUUCA